AUGGAGCACCCUAGCAUAUCACGUUAUCAUGCAGUGUUACAGUUCAAUCAUGACAGCAAUGCCUUUAUCUAUGACAUGGACAGCGCCCAUGGGACGCGUCUCAACAAGCAACGUGUUCCUCCACGUAUCCAUUUACCAUUACGUCCUGGUGACCAGCUUCGAUUUGGUGAAAGCUUUGCCAUCUGCAUCUUUGAAACGGACAAGGAGUUGGAUGAGGAUUUGGAACAAGAGCACGUAAGAAAAGAGGCAAAGCGCGCUAUUAGUGUGCAAUCCAUAGCGCCUCGGGAUCAAGAAGAGGAUGAAGGCGCUACUUGGGGUUUUGCUGAAGAUGCUGUUGAGGAACCCGAUGAAGACGAUGAGGAGGAGAGUGGUGGAAAAGGAAAGAAGUCUGCUGAUGCUGAUUUGAUCAACAUUGCACAAGAAAAAAUGAUGGCUGAGGAAGCAAAACUAGAAAUCAUGUUUGGCGAUGAUGGCGAUGAAGAAGCAUAG